GAAAUGUAUGUGUCAAUGUAUAUUAUAAAUGUUAAAAUUAAUUUUAAAAAAUAUAUCGCCACACUCUCCGUUUCAAGGCGUUACAUCUCUCUGUUAAUUUUUUAUUACUUUUUUAUUAUCUUUACAUGAUAUUUAUAUCGUCUUCUAACAUACUUAUCUUGCGUUGAAUUGGCACAAAAAAAUUUGAGAGACUGGACCAUUAAUUAUGCAAUCGAGAUUCCUCUCGAUUGCGAGCUCGAAUUUUUCUUCUUAAAAUCAAAUAAAUCGAAGCGGCGCUCACAUCCGACGAGUCGAUUAAGUAUUCGAAUACGCCCAUAAUAACGGGCCGUCCACCUAUCCAGUGCAUCCACCGUAUCAAUCUGUUUCCUGGAUAACAAGUCCCCGGUCGGCGACGUCCCGAUGAUGAGAACGAAUGAUGAAAUCCGUUUGUUUCCGCGAGCAGUGAUGGCCCUGCGCCUGAGGGGCAGCAAGGAUGUCAAGAAGAGCUUCUAUUACGUCUGGUACCUCGGCGCGAGGGAGGCCAAGGGGGUGGACGCGAUGCCCGGUGCCAUAGCCUACCUGCUGGAGCGGGAACGACUUCAAGAACCUUUCAAGGUCACACUGCAGGUGAGCAACAAAGGACUGAAGAUCAUACAGACCGUUCAUCCCGGUGGCUCGACGAGGUCGGCGGUGAAGCACCUGGUGCCGGGACACGCGGUGCUCGCGGCGGUGCAGCGGGAGGACAUCGUCGCCGCGACUCUGCUCCUGCCGAACCCAGCGACCAACAAUCCCGUGCACGUGCACGCGUACAGAUGCGACUCGGUCGAGACCGCCGAACUGUUAGGCGGCCAGUUGAAAGCGCUGGCGUCACACACCGACAAUCUGGCCAGGGUCACGGCGAGCGAGGGCAGAAUCCGCAGCAAUCUAGGCAGCGACGGCCGAAGUACCAGGGAGUCCGAGUCUUCCGAAGGUAGCGGUGAGCUCAGACACGAUCCGGUCCAAGCCACGACCAUUUACGAGUCUUUGGCCGCUGAGUUGCGGGCAAAAUUAGGCAGAGGCAAUUCCGGCGAUAACGACGUCGGCCCGAUAUUGCUGCCGCCGCGCGACUACGAUACCGUGCACAGGCACCGCGGCAACCUGGCCGGCAUCGAGUUCAGACGUUGCCUGAAUCAAACCAUCGUGGGCGGCAACACGGCAGUCGUCGACAGGGGUGGCACGAGAAGCGCGGCCAGCAGCGGCAUAGGAUCCGACAGCGCGGCGACGCCGCCGCCCUAUCAGACCCACCAUCCCCUCGGCCAGAGACCGUCCAGACCAUCCAGAGAUUCCUCCUCCGACGACGAUUGGGGUGCGCCGAACGAGGAUAAUGACUACAUACCGGAAGUGGAGACGACUGCGAGCCUCACGCUGCCGCGGCUGCCGCGAAGCCCCGAAAGAUUGCCCAGUCAAGCGAACAACCGGGGAGUUUCGCCGAGCUGCAACAGGAAUCGGCGAGCGGCGGAAUUUAGACAGCGCUCGCCGAGUCCUCAAUAUCAGCCCAGGGUCAAUCCCGGCGAGGUGACCAGUCCCAGAGAAAGGUUCCAAGAUGCCAAGGAAAUGUUUAGGGCGAUGGAGAGGGAGGCCAUCGCCAGGCCCGUUCUCCCCAGGCAGAGAGACAUCGAGCAUCAUCCCGUGCACAGAGUCCAGUCGGCCAGACAGAGUCACGAGGAUCGACCUGGUCGCCAGUAUCCGGCCAGCUUGAACUCCACGUCCUCCCACGAGCAUGCAGUCAGACGAACUCAGCCAGAUGUGCUUGAGCGCGAAAAUGUUGCGUUUUACAAGGGCAGACCUCGACCUAGGACUCAUCAUUAUGCGAUGGAACGUCCACCUGAGCAGGAGACUUCGAGGCCGCGGCCAAGGAGCUUCUACGAGAAUCCGUCGGUCGGCAGAGAUUUCAGAGAUCAGAGGAAUCUUGUAGAUCAGAGAGAUAUGCGAGAAUUUCGAGAACGUACGCAGCACUCGCGCGAGUUGCGCGACAAGUUUCGAACGAGGAGCACGACGUACCAGGAGCUGUCGGAGCACGAAAGAUAUCCUGGGCUCGAUCGUGAAAGUGCCAGACCGCCGUUGGAGAUGAUCCCAACAUCCGGUAGAUACCGUCACAGCUACGCCGAGCCACCGAGAUUGGGUUUAGCUGCGCUUCAUCCGUACUGAUGCGUCAGCAUGUAUUAAUUGGUGAAUUAUUUAAUGAAUUAACCGAUAUAUCGCGCUAUCGUUAUUAUUCAUGCACUGCGCCUUGACCGUUCAGUAUGUUCAUGGCCUUUAUCCUGCCUUUAUAACAAAAUGAGGGAGGAAAAAGGUGAUAGAGGACUGCGAUAUGGAUACUUUUAUUUCUCGACUCUAGGUUAACAAGGAACAGUUUUUGAUUAACAUUAAUAUCAUUUUUCACUAUGUUGGCCGCUUAUAUUAUUUAGUACGUGCAAAAACGGAUUAUUUAAUGUAAUUGGCAAAAUAAAUUAUAAUAGUUACUAAAGAGUGAAGUAAUUUGGAUAGUAUUUUAAGAUUAACAUAUGACUUUGACGAUUUGCUCAUGUAUCGUGCCACUGAACAGUCAAUGCCGAUUGGAGAUUGUAUAUGUAUGUAACGAGAGAAGCUUGUAUAUGUAUUGCAUAUUCGAUGAAUCCAAUUUCAUGAUUUUGCGUAUCGUUGUUAUCGAGUACGAACGCAGGAUUUCGUUGACAGGAUGGUUCUUGUUAAAAGAACAAAUUCUAACACGAUCCCGUGUGCGUACCGUAUUGUUAUGCGUCAGAUGCCACACUAACAAUAUAAUAAUAAUAAUAGUAACAACUUGAUAAUAUCGAUAACAGUAUCAAUAAUAAUUGUAACAACAA